AUGGCCAAGGCUAGGGUCCCUACCAAUGAUGAGGAUACAAUAGUUGUCGGCUCUCCCUUUUUGGGACAAAAUACGGUCGAUCAUUGGCAAAGAGCCUCUCGGCCCUUUUUAAAUUUGCAGAAUUCUGUACCGGUCGAGAGAGUUGCAGAAGAACCCGUGGCGCCACCAACUGUUCAACCAAAUGCACCACCGGUCGAUGUUCCCGAGCCACAGGAUGUCGCUGUUUCUGAACCACCGACUGUUGCAACUACCGAGCCACCCGCCGCACAUGUUACCGAGCCACCUGUUGUCCCCAUGACCAAGCCAUCUACGGAGAUCCCAGGGUUUGUCAAUGAUGAGGCCAGCCCAUCCAAGCCACCUCCAAGCAAUCCAUUAGGCUCGGGGUAUGGGUCGGCCACUUGGCUUUUGACUCCCAUGCCGAUUACUUCUAUUGUUGCUGCACCUUUUGCUCCUGCUCCUCGUGUUCCUGUUGCUGCUACUGUCAAUGCCACAACUGCGAUCAUACCUGCUGUUGUUGUUCCCGUUGAUGCUCCCGUUGUCCAAAGCUCGAAGGAAGCAGAUGCAGUCCCUGCUUGCCUACAAUAA